AUGUUUUCUGAAUCUUCAGAAGGUGUUAAAUCGCCCGCACAAUGUGUCGGCCCUGACUAUCGCCCUGAGAAACCUAUUGCAACCGUUUCAACUCCAGUUUCCUUCCCAAAUGUGCAUACGUUACCUCAAACCCCGCAGCUUAUUGCUCUUCUUACCAUGAUCCGGGACAAGAACACGCAGCGUGCCGAUUUCAUAUUUUACUCGAACCGAAUCAUUCGUUUACUGGUCGAAGAGGGUUUAAAUCAUUUACCUGUGGUAGAGCACACAAUUACUACCCCAGUUGGGCGAACAUAUGCAGGAGUCCAGUUUCAGGGCAAAAUAUGUGGUGUUUCCAUUAUGAGAGCUGGUGAAGCUAUGGAACAAGGACUACGAGAUUGCUGUCGUUCAGUGAGGAUUGGUAAAAUAUUGAUACAGAGAGAUGAGGAAACUUCUUUGCCUAAGCUCUUCUAUGAUAAACUUCCAGAAGAUAUUGCGCAACGUUGGGUAUUACUUCUCGAUCCCAUGUUCGCAACAGGAGGAUCUGCAUCAAUGGCGGUAGACGUUUUAAUUUCUCGAGGAGUUCCCGCAGAACGAAUCCUUUUCUUGAACCUCAUCGCCAGUCCAGAAGGCAUCGAGUCAUUUGCAAAGAAAUAUCAGAAAGUCAGAGUGGUAACCGCAUUUAUUGACCAGGGUCUUGAUGAAAAGAAUUACAUUGUCCCUGGUCUUGGAGAUUUUGGUGAUAGAUUCUAUACCAUGUAG